UUCUCCAAAAUGGAGCCGACUCUGCCUCUGCCUCUUGCAACGUGUUCGUUCAAAAGUUCAAAGCUGAAAAGCAGGGUUUUGAUUGUUUUCUUCUCUAUGGUGUUAUUCACAGCCUUGCUGGGCCUCCUGCAGCUCAAAUUCUUAAAGGCCAAAGUCAAAGACUUCUAUGCCUUUGAAGUGAAGGAUUGGAAAGGAAGGACUGUUUCCUUGGAGAAAUACAGAGGCAAAGCAUCUCUAGUUGUAAACGUGGCCAGUCAUUGCCAGCACACAGACAAGAACUAUGUCAUGCUGCAGGAACUGCACAGAGAGUUUGGAUCAACUCACUUCACAGUGCUGGCCUUCCCCUGCAAUCAGUAUGGAGAAUCGGAACCCGGCACCAUCCAGGAGAUUGCUUAUUUUGCAAAAUCAAAUUAUGGAGUAACUUUUCCCAUUUUCAACAAAAUUAGGAUUCUAGGAACUGAAGCAUCACCAGCUUUCAGAUUUCUGAUAGGUUGA